UCUGAACUGACACAAUCAAGCUCUCUCUCCUCAGCCCAGUCUCCUUGAUAAAAGACAAUACAUUACCCAAAUUAGCAGAAACUUCCCUUUAGGUGAAACUAUGACCACAUUUUACAGUGUGGGCGUCAACAUAAUAUUUUUUGCUGGUAUUCGGCGAUGGUGAUUUUACAUUCCCUGAAGAGUAGUUCAUCUUCUUGCCGGUGUAUUCGUGAAGCCUUAACGUUUAUCCAGCUUUGUUUGACCGAGCGGACCGGCGCCAAAUGUGAGUCUGAUGAAGUGAGGAUGCUGUGGGGAGUUCGCACAUAAGGCACAUGGGGUUUGAAAACUCUCGUUUUGUUGCUGGCCGGGGAAACUACGAGGAUUUGAAGGACAAAACAAAAAGAGGGUAGUAACAGGAGGUGUGAGUUGCCUCUCACUGUUGUCUCCCUGCCACUACCAUGAGUUGGAGUUUCCUGACUCGCCUGCUGGAAGAAAUCCACAACCACUCCACAUUCGUGGGCAAGAUCUGGCUCACGGUUCUCAUUGUGUUCCGCAUCGUGCUGACAGCCGUGGGCGGCGAGUCCAUCUACUACGAUGAGCAGAGCAAGUUUGUCUGCAACUCGGGCCAGCCGGGCUGUGAGAACGUCUGCUACGACGCCUUCGCUCCCCUCUCGCAUGUCCGCUUCUGGGUUUUCCAGAUCAUACUGGUGGCCACACCCUCACUCAUGUACCUGGGCUACGCCGUCAACAAAAUCACUCGCGCAGAGGAGCAGGCGGGCUUUGGGGGAGGUGGAGUUGGUGGAUAUUCGCGGAGGAAAUCCAAGAAGCACUAUAUGUCAGGCAGGAAGCAGCACAGGGGCAUUGAAGAGGCAGAGGAUGACCAAGAGGAGGACCCGAUGAUCUAUGAGAUGGCAGAGGUGGAGAGCGAUGCUGGUGGAGCAGCGAAAGAAAACAGUGGUGAUGGACAGGCGAAGGGUAAAGUACGCCAUGACGGGCGGCAGCGUAUCAAAGCAGAUGGACUGAUGCGUAUUUAUGUGCUUCAGCUCCUGGCCCGCUCCCUGCUGGAGGUGGCUUUCCUGUGUGGACAGUACGCUCUGUAUGGUUUCGCUGUUCCCGCCUCCUACGUGUGCUCAGACCUGCCCUGUCCUCACAGCGUUGACUGCUUUGUGUCACGACCAACUGAGAAAACCAUUUUCCUCCUCAUCAUGUACACCGUCUCCCUGCUAUGCCUGGCGCUCAACAUAUGGGAGAUGCUACACCUGGGAGUAGGUACCAUCUUUGACAUUAUGCGCUACCACAGGUCUGAGCUCUCCGAUGACGAGCUGUACGGGCUCAGACGCGGACAUGAGGCUCUCAACAAUGCCGGAUUGAGUGGAGAGGAUUACAGCAGCUACCCUUUUUCAUGGAACGCACCAUCAGCGCCACCUGGCUACAACAUCGCCAUCAAGCCUCCUCUGGUAUCUACGGGACACCACGAACAACCACUUCCCAUCACCGAUCUCAGUAACGCCAAGAUGGCAUGCAGGCAGAACCACGUGAACAUCGCCCAGGAGGAGCGCCAGCAGUACACCAAUAAUGAUGAGAACCUGUCCGCACAUGGGAUGGGAGAUUCCCCCCGAGGUGUUCAUAAGGACAUUUGUCAGCCUCAGAGCAGGCUGCAGGCUGACAGUCAGGCCUACAGCCAGCCACAGAUCCACAGUAAUAACCACAGCAAGCCUCAGCGUGAACGCAAACACAGACAGGCUUCCAAACACACCGCGAGCAAGACAGACGGAGACCGAGGCAGCAGCACAAGCAGCAGCAGCAAAUAUGGAGUCAUAAAGGGUUCAGAGUGGAUCUAAGAUACAGACUUUGACUUUUGAUGUUGUAGAUAUUUAACAAUGAAAAUCCUUCUCACACUGACACAAUAGCUAUGCUUGUGUUGUGUGUCCAUACUACAAACACAUGGACACAUCUCCCAGUCAAUAGUUUAUUUUCAACACUAUUUCCCUGUCGAGUCAACAUAUCUUUAAAUUCAGACUAUUCUGGAUUAGUCUGAAGUUAAGAAAAACUCAGAGAACAAUCAACAUUGAGCACAACCUCUUUAACAAAGCUCAACAUGAAGUCU